AUGGCGCUCAUGGCCGGUACACGAGGCAGCCGACCAGAGAGCCCAUCGACCUCUGAAUGCGCCACGGAAAAUUAUGAUCUCAGCGCACUGAUUACAAAACUCCCAUUCAAGGCAAAUAUAGGUGCUAUGUUCCAGAGAUUGGAAGAUAGCUUUGGUGAGAAAGUACAAGCAGUCAGUGCAGACGUCCAACACCUGGAUGACCGAGUUCAGGCCCUGGAGGAUGAUGGUGAAGCAGCAGAUCAGCAAUGGACUGAAUGCCAUACCACCUAG